AUGUCCACUAACCUCAUGGACACCGAGCCUGGUGGUGAACAAACUCAAUACGAGGGGGAAGCGUCUCAUGUUCAGCCUCACAAGAAGUCUGGCGGCCAACUUGGCCAGGCCGAGACCACGGAAGAUCCAUCGAAGACUCAAGACCAUGUGCAAGAUCAGCAUAGAACUGGAGAACGCAAAGCUGAGAACAUGCGUUAUGGCCAGGCGAUCAGCGAACAGGGCGUGGGUGGCAUGACGACCACUCAGGAGCACCUGCAUGGAGACGUGCUACAGGAAGAAUCUCAUUCUGGUGAAGUUGGGAAGAAGGGGACCAUGGAUUCGGCUCACGCGAGGGAGGUGAGCGGAUAUGAGGGUGAGAAGGAUAUGGAUAAUAAUAUUGGUGCUUGA